AUCAUGGGCGUAUACAUGUAGCUAUUGUACCUACAAGCAGCCUAUAAAAGUAUAGUGUAUUGUUUGUAGCAAGCUAGAACUUUGAGCUUAUAGCAAGUAUCAUGAGAGAAUGCAACUAACAGAGCAGUGUAUAUCGUGUACCUUGCUGCUGACCUUAGCAGCACUGCUAACAGGGGCAAGGGGGUCAGCUCAACUGUAUGACUUUGGGAUCAUUGCCUCUGAUAACCAGCUGAGCUCUGCAGAUGAGCUCUACAUGCAAGUGAACCUCACAGAUCCCUUACUGUACCUAGGAGAACCUGAAAUGGAGGUCUAUGUUGGCACUGAUGGAUUCCUGACCUUUGAAGACCCUAGGGUUUUCUCCUUAGAAACGAUCAGCAUCAUUGCUCCAUUUUUUGCAGACAUUGACACAAGGGGAUUGGGAAAUGUCUACUACAGAGUGUCUACUAAUGCUGCACUUUUGGCGUCUGUUGGAGAGAGAGUUCAGAGAGCAUUUGACAAUGUGGUCUCCUUUAACCCGGAAUCAGUGUUUGUGGGGACCUGGGAUCGAGUGGGCAGCUAUGACAAAAGAACAGAUAAGGUCAAUACCUUCCAAGUUGCUGUUGCAACUGAUAUGAACUCCAUGUCGUCGUUUGUAAUCCUUCUGUACUCUGACCUACAAUGGUACGUUCCUGACAUCAAGAUGAUGUCAUCUGAAAGUGCGAGUGGUUCUGGAUUCGGCACUAGUGGUACUAGUGACAGUGGUGGCCCUAGUGGGAGUGGGAGCACUGCAAGUGGACUACCUGCUUUUGCUGGAUUCCAGGACCAAAGUGGAGCCCCAGUGUACACACUACCAGGAUCUGAUACGGAGCAGAUAAUGUUGCUAAGCAAUACCAGUAACGUUGGAGAGCCUGGCGUCUGGGUGUUCAAAGUCGACAGUGUGAUAGACAUCAACGAGUGUCUCACCAACAAUGGAGACUGUGCCCAGAACUGUAACAACAUUGAGGGCAGCUUCAACUGUUUCUGUAACUCCGGGUUCACUCUACACAGCAAUGGAUUCAACUGCAGCGACAUCAAUGAGUGCCUAACUGACAAUGGAGACUGUGAACACACCUGUUCCAACAUUGAGGGAAACUUUAGCUGCUCCUGUAACACUGGAUAUCAACUAGACAUCAACUCACUGAACUGCUCAGACAUCGAUGAGUGCUUGCCUGACAAUGGAGACUGUGAACACACUUGUACCAACACUGAGGGCAGCUUCAACUGCUCCUGUAACACUGGCUAUGAACUGGACAGCAAUGGAUCAAACUGCUCAGAUAUUGAUGAGUGUUCUCGCAAUGAGUUUGAUUGUCUGUCUAAUUCUAUCUGCGUCAACAGUGAGGGUAAUUACACCUGCCCCUGUAAUAAUGGCUUUGCUGGAGACGGCUUCACUGGUUGUGAAAACAUCAACGAGUGUAAAGAUGGCACUCACAACUGUGACCGCAAUGCUCUCUGUACUGACAAUGUUGGGAGCUUUGCUUGCACUUGUGUGUUUGGCUACACUGGGACAGGAGAGCAAUGCGACUGCACUGAUGGACAGGUGCGGCUGAUGAAUGGAAGUGAACCCAGUGAAGGUCAGAGAAUGGGAAGAGUUGAGAUCUGCUACAACAACACCUAUGGCAGUGUAUGUGAUGACUUCUUCAAUGAGAAUGCUGCAGCUGUUGUCUGCAAUGGAGGAACUGGCUCUCCAGUUCGUGGUAUUGACAGUACAUUUGGUGUUGGUUCUGGUCCCAUCACUCUGGACAAUGUGGUGUGUGUUGGCACUGAGAACAACCUCUUGAGCUGCUCCCAUAACCAGAUAUUCCAGCACAACUGUGACCACUCUGAAGAUGUGGCUGUCAUCUGUGAUGUCUCAUGUAUUGACGGCAGUGUUAGACUGAGAAAUCCUGAUGCUGUCUCAGAGAGCACCCUUCCAGAAUACGACCUAAUCAAGGAUCAGGUGUCUCGUGGUGUGGUGGAGUUGUGUGUGAACGGUGACUUUGGUAGCCUCUGUGACAGUGAGUGGGACGAUCAGGACGCCUCUGUGGUCUGCAGACAGUUGGGUUUCUCCCCACAUGGAGCCAUUCAUCUUGACGGCUAUUUAUUCAAUGGAUUCGCUUCUUCAAGUGUUAGAGACGGUAGUUAUGGUUGUGUUGGAACUGAAAGUGAGCUAAUAAGUUGUGCUUAUCAGCCAGCUGCUACUUGUGGUGGGGUUAACGUUGAAGGAGCUGCAGUAGUGUGUCAGGAUAAAACAGCAACUGCUUUCAGCAACUGUACUGAUGGAGAGAUUCGACUAGUGGGUGGAGCUAAUGUCACUCUCGGAGCUGUUCAAGCCUGCAUGAAUAAUGCUUGGGGCUCAGUGUGCAAUGACAGAUUUGGUACCAACGAUGCCACUGUGGUGUGCAGACAACUUGGCUUCCCUGUCACUGGGGCUGAGGCCUUCAGAGAUGCCAGUACCAGGUUCAAUAUAUCAACAGGACCUGUGUUCCUAGACCGGGUCGACUGUAGAGGGUCAGAGAGCAGCGUAAUGGGCUGUAGCCAAACACUCCCUGGUCUAUCUCAAUGUACUGCCUCCGAGAUUGCUGGCGUAAUCUGUAUAGAUGUGAACCAGUGUCUGACCAACAAUGGAGGGUGUGCCCACAACUGCACCAAUGAGCUUCCUGGAUUCACAUGUAGCUGUAGAACCGGCUACAAUCUGGACACUGACAAAAGAAGCUGCGUUGAUAUCAACGAGUGUGAAAUUGAGGACAUUUGUUUGGACGAGUGCUUCAAUACUGAUGGUAGCUAUACCUGUCUCUGCACCUCCAACACUAUUUUGGAUGCAGAUGGACAAAAUUGCAUACCCUGUCAAGAUGGAGGUGUUCGGCUGGUGAAUGGUUCUGUUCUGUCUGAGGGAAGAGUGGAGGUGUGCAGAGGUGGAGUGUUUGGUACCGUCUGUGAUGACUUUUGGGAUGAGCUGGAUGCCAGGGUCGUCUGUACACAACUCGGAUACUCUGCAUCAGGGUCCAUUGCUGUGUCUGGUGGUGGGUUUGCCCAAGGCAUUGGCUCUAUUUUUCUUGACAACGUGAAGUGCAGUGGAAAUGAGCAGAGUCUGUUGAACUGUUUGUACAGUCAGACCCACAAUUGCGACCACUCUGAAGAUGCAGGAGUCAGGUGUCAAUCCAUGUGUAGUCAUGGUGAAGUGCGACUGGUGGUGGGAGAGGAUGCGGACUCUUUCUACGAGGGUCUCACUGACUACAAUGAUGCCUACUAUGACAAGGAUGGACUGACAAGUGGCAGAGUGGAGGUGUGUGUCUCUGGGAGGUACGGUUCAGUCUGUCACACCCCUUGGACAGAAAUGGACGCCUCUGUCGUCUGCAAGCAACUAGGCCUCUCACAAUAUGGUGCUAUCAAUGUGAAUGCUGAUAUUUUUACGGAGGGUAGUACACCUCGCCUGGUAUCAAUGGCCAACUGUACCGGAACUGAGGUAUCACUUCUCGACUGUAUGGGUGUAGUCACUGGCUCUGGCACUGGCUUCACUUGCCCCACCUCUGGAGUUAUCUGUCAAGCUUCAGGCACAGCAGCUGGUGACUGCUCCACUGGAAAUAUUCGUCUCACGAAUGCCACUGACACUUCAACAACCAGGGAAGGACGUUUGGAGGUGUGCAUCAACAAUGCCUGGGGAACAGUCUGUGAUGACCGAUUCAACUCUCUUGAUGCAACUGUGGCCUGUACUCAACUAGAAGGAUUCAACUCAUCUGAUGCUGCAUUUUUACCUAGGGGCACAGUUGAACAAGGUUCUGGUCCAAUAUUUUUCUCUGGCCUAGUGUGUACUGGACAGGAGUCUGAUCUGCAGGACUGUAGCUUAUAUUCUAACCAACCACCUAGCACCUUCUCUAGCUGUCAACACUCCCAGGAUGUCGCCGUGAGAUGUACAGACAUUGACGAGUGUGCUGAAGAUAAUGGAGGAUGCAACCAGACCUGUACCAACUCUAUCGGUAGCUACGAGUGCAGUUGUCAGAGUGGCUAUCUACUCAACCAAGAUGAGAGAGGAUGUGAUGACAUUGACGAGUGUUUAGCUGACUCUCAUAAUUGUGACCGGGAGAAUGGUGUGUGCAAUAACACAGUGGGUAGCUUCAACUGCUCCUGUCGCAGUGGCUUUACUGGAGAUGGACUUACCUGUACUCGUAUAUUGUGCGUACAAGAGGACAACAUUUGCCAUGCCAACGCUAUUUGUUCUGAUGACACCGAGACUGGUAUUUUCUGUGAGUGUAAGGAGGGCUAUGUUGGAGAUGGAAUAGUCAACUGCUCAAACAUUGACGAGUGUUCCAGUGCUAUCCUAAACACCUGUCAUGAGAAUGCCACCUGCACUGACACUAUGGGCAGCUUCAACUGCUCCUGCAUACAGGGCUUCCAAGGAAAUGGCACUGACUGCACAGACAUCAAUGAGUGCAGUGAUGAAGCACUGAACAAUUGCCAUGUUGAUGCCAUCUGUGUGAAUGAGGUUGGGAACUUCUCCUGUGCAUGUAGACCUGGUUACCGUGGUGAUGGUGUGAGCUGUGAAGAUAUCAACGAGUGUGAUGAAGAGACUGAUAACUGUAUCAACUCACCUUGCAACAACACGAGAGGCAACUUUGUGUGUGGAGACUGUUUCCCUGGGUUCGCUGGAAGGAACCAAUGCUCGUGUAUGCAAGGAGAUGUCCAGCUGUUCAAUGGGGCCAACAGGACACUGACCACUGAGCAAGGCUUUGGUCGUGUGGAGGUGUGCUACAACAACUCCUACUACACUGUGUGUGAUCAUCGCUGGGACGUCCUGGAUGCCAGUGUGGUGUGCACACAGUUGGGGAAGAACUCGGCAGGGUCUGUACCUGUGGGGGGCAGUGUGUUCAGCAGUGGCCCCUCCCCCAUUCUCCUGGACAACAUUCGCUGCUCUGGUAGCGAGUCAUCUCUUCUCGAGUGCAGCCACAACGGGUUCCAAGUGUUCAACUGUGACCGCAGUGAGAUUGCUGGGGUGUUCUGUGACAGUGCGUGCAUUGAAGGAGAUGUGAGGCUACUGGAAGCCGACGGUCUCUCAGACUACACUGAUCUGUCCAGUGAUCAAGACGACCUGCUCAGGGGCAGAGUGGAGGUGUGCGUGGGAGGCAACUAUAGCACUGUGUGUAACGAUGGUCAAUGGGACAAUCAGGAUGCCUCUGUGGUGUGUCGACAACUGGGGCUCUCCCCAUAUGGGUCUGUUGUGGUGUCUGGUGGAUUGUUCUCAAGUACCGUCCUCUCCCCGGCCCUCUCUGGUGUGAGGUGUAAUGGCUCUGAGGAGCAGCUCCUCCAGUGUCCCCACAGCCCCUCCCCCCUAUGCACCACCCAGGAGGACGCAGCUAUCAUCUGUCAAGAGAGGAGCACUGUGAGAGGUGAGUGCAGUGAUGGAGAGAUUCGACUGGUGGGAGGCAACAUACUCUCUGGGCGUCUGGAGCUCUGCAUCAACAAUGCCUGGGGCACUGUCUGUGAGGAGGGAUUCACUGCAGAUGAUGCUCAAGUUGUCUGCAACCAGAUUGGACUACCACAUAACGGAGUGAAUGUUUUUAGAGAUGAGCGUUUUGGAAUUGGAAAUGGCCCAAUUUUCUUAAGCAGUGUUCGUUGUUUUGGAACUGAGACACAGUUAUUGGAUUGUGAAUAUCGAACUGUACAUUCCUGCACACAUUCCAAUGACAUCUCCAUUGAGUGCAUAGACAUUGAUGAGUGUGCUGUCAACAAUGGUGGUUGCUCUCAGGUGUGUGUGAACGACCUCCCUGACCCGAGUGGUGUUGCACCUGGUUAUCACUGUGAGUGUCGUACUGGUGACACCCUCCAUCCUGACAACCACACCUGUAUCCCCAACUCCCUCUGCUCCCUCAUUGAUGGGGACCUCUCUUGCUCCUGUCGCCUUGGCUACCUGGACUCAACCGGGAGCGGACUCAACUGCACAGUUGACAUCAAUGAGUGCUUGAAUGCAAGUGCGUGUGGCCUAAACUUUGACUGUAUCAACAAUGACGGCAGCUUCUUAUGCUACUGUGGUCCUGGUUUCUACCGCGAUGAGGGUCUAUGUGUAUGUCGUGAUGGAGAGUUGCGACUGGUGGGUGAGGCUAACAUGACGGAGGGACGAGUGGAGCUGUGCCUCUCUGGAGGUUACACUACACUGUGUGAUGACUCUUGGGACGAGCAAGAUGCUACUGUGGCCUGUCGACAGCUCGGAUACUCCACUGAUGCUGUGGUGGCGUUCAGUGAUGCUCACUUUGGUGAGGGUGUGUCCAACAUCAGCCUGGGGAGUCUGGACUGUACUGGCAGUGAGAGUCGACUAUUGGACUGUUCCCACCAGACAAGCCCCGUCUGUUCCCAUGCCGAGGACGCCGGUGUGAGGUGUGGAGCUUUGUGCACGGAGGGUCAUGUGAGACUGGUAGCCAAUGAGGAGUUUGACAACAACGGACUGACUGAUGGAAGAGUGGAGGUGUGUGUAGGCGGGCGAUACGGAGCAGUGUGUGACGACUUCUGGGACAGUGGAGACGCCUCUGUGGUAUGCAGGGAGAGGGGACUGUCUUCAUAUGGAGCUGUUGCUCUGCAAAGUGUCACUUUCUCCGAUACUUCUGUUCCACUACUCAUCACGGACCUUGGUUGUGUUGGCAACGAGACAUCUAUACUGGAUUGCAGCUUCAACCAAUCACCAGACACUUCUUGUGGAGCGUUUGAAGAGGCAGGAGUCGUGUGUCAAUCUCUGUCCACUCUCCGUGGUGACUGUGCUGAGGGACAACUGAGACUAGCCAACUCCACUGAUGAUGAGAACACUCAGUCUAGACAAGGCCGAGUAGAGAUCUGUAUCAACAAUGCCUGGGGCACUGUCUGUGACUCCAGCAACACGUUUGGCCCCAACGAUGCCUUGGUUGCUUGUGCUCAACUGUCUGGGUUCCAGAGAGCUGGGGCAGGAGUGGUGACUCCCAACCUCCCCCCGGCCACUGGUCCGGUCUUCCUGGACAGACUACUGUGUCAGGGCACCGAGAGCUCUCUGUUGGACUGUCCCAACGUGCAACUGGGUGUGGUCACAUGUACCCAUUCACAAGACGUUGCAGUCAGAUGCACAGAUAUCGACGAGUGUGCCACCAACACCUCGUGCUGUGAACACAACUGUUCUAACACUAUUGGCAGCUUUGACUGCAGUUGUUACGAUGGCUACCAACUCGACAGUAACGGGUGUACUUGCUCAGACAUCAACGAGUGUGCCAUGAACAAUGGAGGCUGUGAGCAGAACUGUAACAACACUGAGGGCAGCUUCAACUGUUUCUGUAAUACCGGGUUCACUCUAGACCCAAACCAGAGCAGCUGCAAUGAUGUGAAUGAGUGCUUGGAUAGAAAUGGUGGCUGUAACCAAGGUUGCAACAACACUGCGGGCAGCUUCUACUGUUACUGCAAUGAAGGGCACACACUUCAUAGCAAUGGCUUCUUCUGUGAGGACAAUAAUGAGUGCCUCUCCGGUAAUGGAGGAUGUGAACACACUUGUACUAACAAUGAGGGGAACUUUAGCUGCUCCUGUAACACUGGCUAUGAACUGGACAGCAAUGGAUUCAACUGCUCUGAUAUUGACGAGUGUGAUCGCAAUGCGUCUGAGUGUCUGUCCAAUUCUACGUGUGUGAACAUUGAGAGUAAUUACACCUGCCCCUGUAAUAAUGGCUUUGCUGGAGACGGCUUCACUGGUUGUGAAAACAUCAACGAGUGUGAAGAUGGCACUCAUAAAUGUGACCGCAAUGCCAUCUGUACUGACAAUGUUGGGAGCUUUGCCUGCACUUGUGUGUUUGGCUACACUGGGACAGGAGAGCAAUGCGACUGCACUGAUGGACAGGUGCGGCUGAUGAAUGGAAGUGAACCCAGUGAAGGUCAGAGAAAGGGAAGAGUUGAGAUCUGCUACAACAACACCUAUGGCAGUGUGUGUGAUGACUUCUUCAAUGAGAAUGCUGCAACCGUUGUCUGCAAUGGAAUUGGCUCUCCAGUUCGUGGUAUUGACAGUAUAUUUGGUGCUGGUUUUGGUCCCAUCACUCUGGACAAUGUGGUGUGUGCUGGCACUGAGGACAACCUCUUGAGCUGCUCCCAUAACCAGAUAUUCCAGCACAACUGUGACCACUCUGAAGAUGUGGCUGUCAUCUGUGAUGUGCCGUGUAUCGAGGGGAGUGUCAAGCUACUUAACCCAACAGCAUUUGUGAGACCUCUCCAAUCCUACAACUUCAUCAAGGACCAGUUGUCUCGAGGCGUUAUUGCUGUGUGUGUCAACGGACAGUACUCCACUCUCUGUGACGACAGGUCAUUCAAGUCUAUCGAUGCCUCCGUAGUCUGCAGUCAGCUGGGAUUCUCAUCUUAUGGUGCUGUGGCUGUGUCUGAGUUCUUCUCUGACAACACUCUCACUGGAAUCCAAUCCAAUUUUUCCUGCAAUGGCGCAGAGAACAAACUGACAGACUGCAGACUAACUUCCAGGGGAACUUGCUCAUUAUCUGAUGGUGAUGUGGGUGUUGUAUGUGCCCCUCUCUCCACUGUGAUGGGUGUGAUGUGUGAGGACGGUGAUGUGAGGGUAGUGGGUGGAGAGACUGUCCUUGAGGGAAGGGUUGAGGUGUGUGUGAAUCGUGCCUGGGGCACUGUCUGCGGUAGAGGCUUCACUGAGGACGAAGCUCACACUGUCUGCACUCAACUAGGACUCCCAUUCAAUGGUACUGUUGUGUUUCCAGACUCCUCCCAGUUUGGGGAAGGGUCUGGUCCGAUAUUCUUGGAGGGACUGACUUGUUCCAGUGAGAGCUCCAACCUUGUGCAGUGUGCGGACAACCCCAUUGGUGUCCACAGGUGCACACACUCUCAAGAUACGGGGGUCAGGUGCCUAGACUACAAUGAGUGUGCUGUUGGAAAUGGAAAUUGCUCCCAGAUCUGUGAGAACCUAAUCCCUGGUCACAGGUGCCUCUGUGAGGAUGGUUACCUUCUGGCUGAGGACAACAGGACCUGUAAUGACAUUGAUGAGUGCAGGGACUCUCCCUGUCAUCCCAACGCCACCUGCACCAACACUCAAGGUGGCUUCCAAUGUAGCUGUGACAACAACUUUGCAGGUAAUGGGACCUCCUGUACCCUCGUCUGUGUGAACGGCUUCCAACUGGAGGGACAGACCUGCGUGUGCAAUGAUGGAGACCUGCGGCUAGUAAAUGAGGGAGGGGAUAACGAGGGACGUGUGGAGGUGUGCUUCAACAACACGUACGGCACCGUCUGCGGAGAUUUCUGGGAUGAGCUGGACGCUACUGUAGUCUGUCGAGACCUCGGAUUCGCCACCAAUGGCUCUCUUCCAGUGACUGACUUGAGGUUUGGUGGUGGGGAGGGUGAAGUCUUCCUCAGUAAUGUCCACUGUCAAGGAACCGAAGAGAGACUAGUAGACUGCCCUAGCAACCCGACCAACUGUAGCCACACCAGGGACGUUGGAGUCAGGUGUCAAGCAAUGUGCACGGAGGGUGAAGUGCGACUCUGUAUUGGGGAGGGGUGUGUUUUUAUGGAGACCCAGGACUUCCUCAUUGACAACAGACUAAGUGUGGGGCGUGUGGAGGUGUGUCUGGACGGACGAUUUGGGACAAUCUGUAGAGACUCUUGGGAGAAUCGUGAUGCAUCAGUUCUCUGCUCAGAGUUGGGCUUCUCUCGCUAUGGUGCUAUUGCUCUGUCCGAUGCUCAGUUUUCUGAGGGACUCAAGCCAACCAGCUACAACGAGAUCAGCUGUCAUGGAAAUGAGAGUAAACUGUCAGAAUGUGCAUUUGUGGGGCCAUCUAGAGCUCAGAGCUGCGGUCGUUUUGAGGACGCAGAGACUGUCUGUCAGAAUCCAGCAACAACUGUGGCUGGCAACUGCUCCACUGGUGACGUGCGUCUCAUUGGACCCACAGACCAGACAGCUGGCACAGCCGAGGGACGAGUGGAGGUGUGCAUCAACAAUGCUUGGGGCACCGUCUGUAGCAAUAGCUUCACCCCUGAGGAUGUCGGCACCAUCUGUGUGGACCUGGGAGGAUUCAACAGAAGUGCAUCUCUUGCUAUACCGACGGUGUCUGCUGGAUCUGGCCCCAUCUUCCUGGACCAGCUGGCUUGCUCUGAGUCAAGUGAGACUGUGCUGGAGUGCAACAGGUUCUUCUCUCCCACUGGUCUCCACGGCUGUGACCACUCCAUGGACGUCAGUGUGCGCUGUACAGACAUUGAUGAGUGUGCUAACAGCAAUGGUGGAUGCAAUCAGAACUGUACAAACACCAUUGGUAGUUUCUACUGCUCCUGUGGGGAAGGAUAUCGCCUUGGUAACCUUGGUUUCAUCUGCGAUGAUAUUGAUGAGUGUGAAGAGGAGAAUAAUGACUGUGCUCAGACCUGUAGCAACACUAUUGGCAGCUACACCUGCGGCUGUAACCUUGGUUAUCAGCUAGCCACUGACCAACGAAGCUGCUUAGACAUUAACGAAUGUACAAUGAACAAUGGAGGCUGUAAGCAGAACUGUAACAACACUGAUGGAAGCUUCAGCUGUUUCUGUGCCUCUGGGUACAGCCUGGACAGCAAUGGACUCAACUGCAGCGACAAUAACGAAUGUCUUGUGAAUAAUGGAGACUGUGAACACACCUGUACUAACUCUGAGGGCAACUUUAGCUGCUCCUGUGACACUGGCUAUAGCUUGGAUGAUAACCAACGUAACUGCACAGACAUUGACGAGUGUGGUAGAGACCCACCUCCAUGUCAUGUGGAUGCUAACUGCACUAACAUCGAGGGCAACUUCACUUGUACUUGUAACACUGGCUUCACUGGGGAUGGACUGGAGGACUGUGUUGACAUUAAUGAGUGUGUGGAGAGUUUUGACGACUGUGACGACAAUAGAGCAACCUGCACUAACACUAGAGGCUCCUAUAACUGCUCAUGUAACCAUGGAUACAUCGGGAAUGGAUUUACGUCUCAAUGCACUUGUACGGAGGGUGCCAUACUGCUCAUGAACGGUGUGUCUGUAUCACCAAGAGAGGGCAGAGUGGAGGUGUGUACGGACAAUGAGUACAAGAGUGUCUGCAACUUGUUCUUUGAUGAGCUUGAGGCUCAAGUCGUCUGUGAUCAGCUCGGAUUCUCCUCUCCUGCCACCACUUCAUUCCAAGUGCGAGAUGAUCGGUAUGGACUGGGGACAGGGCCCAUGAUUCAGAACAGCUACACGUGUGAUGGAACAGAGUCGUGGUUCUUGAACUGCACUGCAGAGUCCUCUGUGACCUGCACCAACGGUCACACUCAAGAUGCAGCUGUCAGAUGUGAAGCCUUGUGUGAGGAGGGUGAUGUGCGACUGGUGGCCUUUGGUGACACGAAAUCCUAUGUGAAUGACACUCAACGUCAGGGCCUCGUAGAGAUGUGUGUAGAGGGACAGUAUCGAAGAGUGUGCGAUAAUAACUGGGAAAAUGAAGAGUCUUCAAUCGUCUGUGGAGAACUCGGAUUGUCUAGAUACGGAGCUGUUGAUUUGCCGGGACGUGGUUUCGCUCAAGGUCAACCUGCUUUGUUGAAUUUGUCCUGUAUAGGCACUGAAGACAAACUCGGAAAUUGCACUUUUAAUAGAACUAGUUUCGAUGCCACAUGUGAAAUUGCUUCAGUGGUCUGUCAAGACCCCAGCACCACUACAGACGCAGGCUGCCCUGAGAAUGAAAUACGACUAGUUAAUGACAGCCGCUCUAUCGAUCUUCUGGACGGGAGAGUGGAAGUGUGCAUCAAUCGUGCCUGGGGCACCGUCUGCUCUGAGGGGUUCAAUAUUGAUGAUGCGAGAGUUGUGUGUGAGAGUUUCAAUGGAUCUGAUCCAGAUGGUUCCAUUUCUUUCAAGUCUGUGUCUACAUCUGGCUACACAGCUGGCAGUGGACCGAUCUUCUUCACUGGUCUUAGGUGUACUGGACAAGAGGAGAAUCUGGUGGAAUGUCCUGGAUCCUUCGGUGUCCACACUUGUACACACUCUCAAGACGUGGCUGUCAUCUGCCCAGAUAAGAAUGAGUGUCUCGAAGAGAAUCGUUGUGGAGGAAACAGCAAUUGCAUCAACACUCCUGGGUCCUUUGACUGUGUCUGUCGUGAUGGAUUCCAGGGAGACCCAUUCACCAUGUGCACAGAUAUUGAUGAGUGCUCAACAAACAUUGGAGGCUGCUCUGACGAUUGUGUCAAUACCGUCGGCUCAUUCUUUUGCACCUGUCCAACUGGUUUCCAGCUAGACGUUGAUGGUCGCACUUGUAUCGAUGUGAAUGAAUGUGAACAAGAUCCUGAUCCAUGUGCCAAUGAUGUAACAAGAGUUUGUGUCAAUACAAACGGUAGCUACACUUGCAAUUGUAGACUUGGAUAUCUUGAGAAUGCAAACAGUGUGUGUGAAGAUAUUGAUGAGUGUUCUGUUAGUAAUGGAAGCUGCUCUCAUGACUGUUUCAAUACUGAAGGCUCUUUUGAGUGCAACUGUCCAACUGGUCUCCAGCUAGAUGGUGGGAGAUUGAACUGCACUGAUAUCAAUGAAUGUUUGUCUCCUCACUCGACACUGACCAACUGUGACAGUGAGGAUAGAGCAAGUUGUACCAAUACUCUCGGCAGCUACCAGUGCUCCUGUCUGUCAGGCUACACUGGAGACGGUGCCAACUGCACUGACAUUGAUGAGUGUCUACUGGAUGAGGACAAUAACUGUGCCGCUCAGGCUGUGUGUGAGAACACUGUGGGUAGCUUCAGGUGUCAGUGCUCUCCUGGCUUCACUGGAGAUGGGAGUACCUGCACAUGUACUGAUGGUACAGUGAGGCUGGCCAACACAGUGGAUGGCAGUCCCCCUCAUUACAUAGCAAGGUCCCUCGAGGAUGCCUCUGUCUGCUUGUACACGGACAACAAGAAGAACUGCUCUCAGUCUUGGGAAACUCUCGAGGGAAGAGUGGAGGUGUGUAAGCAAAACAGAUUUGGGACUGUCUGUGACGAUCGCUUUGAUGUCCUGGAAGCAAGAGUGGUCUGUGGACAGCUCGGAUUCAGCUCAAGCACGAGUGUGGUACCCAUCAAGCGGUCUCCACGACUCUACGGAUAUGCCCCCCCUAACACACUCACUGUCCUGGAUAACUUACGGUGCUCUGGAAUUGAGCUCUCUCUACUUGAGUGUCAACCCUUCACAAACUCUCGUAUAAAAAUUUGCCAACACUUUGAAGAUGCUGGUGUGCAGUGUGGAGCUGUGUGCAUGGAUAGGAGUGUGCGUAUCAUUGCUGGUGAUGGAGAUGACUUCUACAAUGGACUAGACUCACCCCUCGAUCCCUCUUUCUAUAUUGAUGAGGAGUUGGCAGCUGGUCGACUAGAGAUCUGUGAAGAGGGGGUGUGGAGACCAGUCUGCAUCGAUGCCUUUGACUAUGCCGAUGCUUCAGUGGCUUGUGCUCAGCUGGGCUUUUCCAGAGCAGGUGCCAUCAACGGAGAAGACAAUCAGUUCCAAGGGCAGACUGACAGGCUUUACCAGAGGAACAUCACGUGUGUGGGCAGUGAGAACAGUCUGGUUGAUUGUGCUGUGUCUGACCAGCUCUUGGCUGACUGCAGCAAUACCUUGAGCAAUGCCUACAUAUCCUGUCAAGAUCUAGACACUGUUUCCUCAAACUGCACAAACUGGGAAGUGAGACUAGAGAAUGGCACCAGCGUGAGAGAGGGUCGGCUGGAGGUGUGUCUCAAUAAUGCCUGGGGCACUGUCUGUGACAACGGCUUCAGUGAUACAGACGCCUCAAUUGUCUGUGGCCAGUUGGACUUUGAUAGAGAGGAUGCAAGGGCUCAGUCUCAGUCAGACCUGGAUAUCUAUCCUGGGACUGGACCCAUCUUCCUGACCGACCUGCUCUGUGACGCAAGUGACAACACACUGUUUGACUGUCUGUUAAACGGAGGCUCCACUACUCUCAACACACUUGGGCUCACCAGAUGUGAUCAUGACCAAGACAUUGGUGUGGAGUGUAUUGCUACCUGUAAGAGUGAGACCUCGAUGACCACUCGUGGGAGCUACAAUUGGAUGAGAAUAUUUGCCGAGGAAAGGGGCUCUUUAUCAUGUGUCUAUGGAGCAGUGGACAGAGACAAUCAAGCACUGGUCAAUAAUGGCAUGGCUCUCAGAUACUGCAACGAGUAUGGCAACUGGGAAGAGGUGGACUUGAGAGACUGUCUCACAUUCACCAAAUCUAGACUUAUCAGUAUCGCUGAAAGUGUUGUGACAGACGAGAACUUGGAGUCUGUCACUGUGAGAUUGAUGGAAGCAGUCACUAUGGCCACCACUGAAGAAGAUCAGAGUGCUGAUAUUCUCGAGAGAAUUACGAACCUUGUUUCUGAAAUAGAGAGCUGCACUUCAGAGGACAGGUGCUCAGCUGGACCAACAGAGAUCAACAACUUAGUGAUGACUUUGGACAUAAUGCAAGACUGGAGAAAUGACACUCUCAGAGACUUCUCAGCAAAGAUUGCCCUGGGACUGGCGAGUAUAAUCUCAGACUACACCAGAGAGCUGACAAUACCUGAGGGGGAGACCAGUGUAUUUGAUUCAUUCCGGUCUGAAACUAUCACCUUCUUAGGGCUCAAGAAAGAACUAGUUGAACUACGGAGCGAAGGCGUCACAUUCAAUUCAUAUGGGGGUGCCUUAACAACUGGUGUUGCUGGAGAAUUGUACGACAGUGCUGCAACUGUUCCCGAGGGCUUAUUAUCCAUAACACUGCCUCCAAAUUUGUUCAACAACUUAAUUGUUGAUGAUGACAUCGUUGGUCUCCUAGGGGAGGCCUCUGGUCUGUUGCCUGGUGAUGAUGUCAGUAUUCUCUUCAACACAUACGACUUUUCCACUCUCUUUCCGAUAUCCAACGAGACCCAGUACAGACUUGCUAACAUCAGUGAUCCAGAACUAGUCGGUCAGUUUCAAGUGGCCUCUUCCCUAGUAUCAGCCUCUGUGGUUGGCUACGAUGCUCGUAAUCUACCAAACAACACCAAGGUCACCAUCAUCCUGAAACUUCAGUCGAAUGAGUCCCAAGUACCGCUGUGUGUCUACUGGGACGAGACUGCUCAGGGGGGUCAAGGUGAUUGGAGCACGGAGGGAUGUGAGAGAGUUGGUGACAAGUUUCUGGACAGGGUAAUCUGUCAAUGUGACCACCUCGGCAUUUUUGGAGUGUUCGUGAAUAUUAAUCCUCUACCUUGUGACCCUGGUUUUAUGAGCAACCCCAGUGCCACAGAUUGCAUUCCUAUUCGCCCUGAGGUGUCCAUAGAGUACACUGAGAGAGACCCUCUCACUGUCAUGAGCCUCCCUGACAAUACCUACCAAGUGGAGGUGGGCCACGAUUUCCAAGUUACCUGUAUCUCCACUGGAAACUUCAGUGGAGAGGUCACCUGGUACAAGCUCAGCAAUACUGGUGCAAAGGUUGUUGAGCUGAAUGCCACUGUUCCAGAAGAGAUGAUAAUGUCAUCAGGAUUUGGGGAUAAUAGUUCCAUUCCCUUUGAUCCCACCUCCCCUCCCCCUGUGAUUGAGGAGGAGCCUGGCCAACUGUAUGCCUACCGUCUCAGUCGCAGUGAGGUCACUCUGGGCACUCGGAGGAGGGACGUCCUCGGAGCCAGUGUUGGGACUGGACGAGUUGCCAUGGGAACGUAUGUUUGCGUGGCCAGUAAUGCUGUCAUCAACAACACAGUAAUGAUCACUCUUCAAGUCAAAGAUGUCCCAGUGACAGACCCCCAAACAACUCACUACAUUCGGUUCUCCACUCUGCCCUAUGAGAUGGCUUACAGUAAGCUCAAUGUCUACAGUGAAGGUCUGGUGAAUGCUGUGCUGAGCGAGGCAGUACUCGAUGCUCUCAACAGCUCCAUCAUCAACACUGUGCAGGACAACUCUUUCUCUGCUACCCAGCUGAAGACGACAUGCAACCCUGUAUCAAGUCGCCCUGAGGACACUACCAACAAUAUGAUGCGUGUGGAGUGCCAGAUAGUGAAUGUCCCUCGGCUAUCUACGGACACACUCUUGCUAUACUUACAAGACAUCUCCUUCAAUAGCAGGUUUCAGAGCAACCUGCAGUUGGGCCCACUCCAACUGAACAUAUCAAGUGAUGGUUUCUGUGACAAUGAGAUGAUAGACACACCCGACCGUCGUGGAGAAUACUUGUGGAGUGAAACCCAGGUUGGACAGACCAUUCAAAGGAGUUGUUUCUACAACAAUGCCUCGAUUGGAAGCAGGCAGUGUUUUAGUCACCUCCGCUGGGAGAAUGCGAACCUCAUGAACUGCAUCACCAGAGACACACUCGAGCUGCAAUUAUUAGCUGAGAGACUUGUGAAACAAUCUGUGACUGCUGACAAUGCUGAGGAAGUAGUUAGUCAGGUUACAAAUAUUGUGUCUAAUUUGGAUGAAGUGGAUGAACAGUCAGAAGCUAACCUCGACCUCAUUGUGAACGUGUAUGACAAUAUUGUGGGCAACUUGAUCGAUAAGGACUCCAACUUCUCUGUUUCAACCAAUUUUGCCGGGAACACGGUGUCUGUGUUGGACAGCAUAUCAGACUGGCCUGAUGAUGUUGUACAACAAAGAUCAUCAUCCCUUGUAAACUCCUUUGAAUCCAUUGCUGACAAUCUGGCUGGACAAGAAGUGAACGAUAAUGUUAAAGUGAUUGAGGAGUCAUUGUCCCUUCAAGUACAGAGGGAGGACAGGACUGUUCUGUUGGAAAGGGAAACCGUAUUUACCCCUCCAGAAGACAUCCUUGAUAGGCUAAACGUGUCCAACUCGAUAGUGGAGCUAGUCAACCUCUCCAUCUCCCUCCCUCCUCAAGUGUUCAACAUCUCCACUGACAAAGCUAUAGCUGGACUCAUCUUCACCUCUUACAAAGACACCACACUCUUCCAACUGACCCCUCCUGUCUCUGCAAACACCAGUGACUACAACUACACAGCUGACUCAGUGGUGCUGGGGUUUGCUGUGGCCGACACUGACGUGAGGAACUUGACAGAUCCUGUCAACAUUACUCUCCAAUCUCAGCGAGCAUUGCAAGGACUCAACUGGUCAGAGCCCAUCUGUGUCUCAUGGGUCUUCAACAGUAUAGGAGAUGGUGGAGGCAAUUGGUCCAAAGAAGGUUGUAAAUUGGGUAGCUAUAACAAGAGUACUGGAGAGGUCCAGUGCCAGUGCAGUCAUUUGACCAACUUUGCCAUCCUAGUUAAUGUGAAUGCACCACCAAUCUCAAAUGAGGUUAGAAUUGCUCUUGAAGCUCUGAGCAUCAUUGGCAGUGUGUUGUCCAUCGUUGGGCUAAUCAUCACCAUCUUUACCAUGCUCUUCUUCAAGAAGAUAAGAGUAAAAGAUGCUACCGUGUUCCACCUUCAGUUGUGUGUUGCCAUUCUGUGCAUGUUGCUGUCCUUCCUAAUUGGUGUGAAUCGAACAGAGGUGCCCGAGCUCUGCACCUUCUUCUCAGUACUCAUUCUCUAUUUCACUCAUGCCUCUGUGUUCUGGAUGGGGGCCGAGGCUCUGCUCAUGGGCAAGAAGCUUAUCUUUGACAUCUUUGGCAGAUUCUCCAUGACUAAAUUCACUGUUCUUGUGUCAUUCAUAGCUUGGGGUGUUCCCUUUAUAUUCCCUGUGAUUGGUCUGAGCACUUUGGCCACUCAAGAGAACUACCUCAUUCUAGUCGGAGAGGAUGCAGUGGAACGCAAUGUCUCUGGAUACUGCUUCAUCAGGGACAUCAGACUCCUCUAUGGGUUAUUCCUGGCUCCGAUGAUUCUUGUGCUUUUAUUCAAUACCAUCAUGUUCAUCAUUAUUGGCCGAGUGUUAAUCAAACACAGUAAGAAGAAACUAGACAACUUGAAAAACGAGAGAGAUAAGGAACAAAAGAAACGUGCACAAGCAAUAACCAAAGCUCUUAUCAGUAUUGUGAGCAUUAUGAUAAUGUUUGGUCUCUCGUGGUUCUUUGGAGCGCUGAGUAUUGGUGAGGGUGCAAGGGUGUUCCAGUGGCUAUUUGUCAUCUUCAACACCACUCAAGGAUUCAUGUUGUUCCUGUUCUUCUGUGUGAUUGGUGACGACGCUCGUGAGGAGUGGAAGAACUUACUCACCUGCAACAAAUACAGGAAUAAGGUGUCGCUCGGCCUUUCCUCUACCUCAAACUCGCACUCGAGACCAAUAUACAAGGGUCGUACGCGUCAUAGAAGAGGUAAACUUGACUCUGAGACAGGUUACACUAGCGAUGGACGAACUUCUAAUACAAUUCGACGCUCUGUCGGUCUUCCUCCGAUUGAGGAAAAGAAACCGCCAAUUGACAGUGUAGAACUACCUUCUAGAUACAGCAGAGUGAGCAGCAGUUUUAGCCAAGAUGCAUUAAUGAGCAUACAUGAAGAGGAUGCCAUUGAAGAGCAAGUGGAUACUUCACUUGUCAUUGGUAAUGGGAACACUGAAAAGUCUAAGAAACCAAGGCAACUACCACCACAUGUGUACAUUAAGCUGAAGCGACCCAUUUACACAGUUGAGACUAUAAAAUACGACGAAGAUGGACUACAAGAAAAAGUCGAUCUUUCCUCAGGCUGCUACAACGAUAACCCAGAGGCACAAGACACAAAUGACGAUGUCUUCAAUAGCCACACCCAAGACCAAGAUAUUGAUGGACUGUUUUUCAGCAACAACUUUCAAGACACGAGUGUAUUGGACUCAACCACCAUGGACACUACCGAACCAGCCACUCAGAUGUCUAUACUUUCCAACGGUGCUAACAAUGAGAGCUCCUUUUCCGGUCAACAGCCGAGUCCAAACCACGAUCAGGGAGAAGAUGCGAUGGACAAGACAGACACUUUGACCAACCUCGAUGAUUUCGCUCAUGAUAUCGAUUCAUCUCAAGUGGUGCUAUUGAGACAAGACACUGAGGAAGAGGAGACCACUAGCUUGUAGAGUGGAAUUGUAAUUAUUAUAAUAAAGCUGUAAUUUUGACUUAUGACACAUGUAUGACACAUAGAUCUAGCUCGUUUAUGCCACCAUAUAUUGCACUUUUAUUCCCACUUCUCAUGAAAUUUUGAAAGAAAGUUGUUUAAUAAG